AUGGAAGUAAUGAAGCACAUGAGUCAUGAGGAAAUUGUAGCAAAGAAUAAAUUAGAGUCCACUGAAAAAGAUCUGAUAAUCAAAGAAAUAUCGACAAAUGACUGCUUGCAAAGAAAGCUAUAUGGAAUUACUAGGGAAAAUGUACAAUAUCCAACAUAUAGCGACUUAUAUACCAAUGAAAAUUUAAGUUUGAUUCAGUCUAUGCAAAGUAACAUUAAGGGCAUUAAAGAUGCCAACAACUUUUGCAUAUUGAAAAUAAUAGAAAGAAGUUGAAAACGUGUGAUUUUCUUGCUGGUGCUGUUGAAAGAUAAAAGGAACAGCAGGUAAGAAAUAGAAUUAUAUCUUGAUUGCUUAACUGCUUUCCAAUCAUCCUGUUACCACUUCAGUUAACAUUCCUUGAAUGUAGGGAUUAGAUCUGGACAUUCAUCAUUCAGAUAUACAGCCUGUGAAACUGUCUUGUAUAAAGUUUCUAUAAUCUAAUAUCACUUUUGUUUUGUUUUGUUUUUUCUGUUAUGAAUUUUCUUUUGUCUUCAACUUUUCAGAGGAUUAUUCCAUGAUGAUGGUGUCUUUGGUUGCAGAUGGAUGGAGUUCUGGACGGGACUCAAUUCUUUGAUGGAUUAAAAUUUGAUUCCAUUCUUCCUUUUUCUAUAAAAGACUAAAAUACCUCCAUUUAUAUUUAAGUUGGAAUAGAUAAAAACAAAAACUUAAAAUAAUAAGUAAAAGCUUAAAAAUUUAUUUACAAAUUCCAUCAUAAUUAUUAACAAAUCGUGCUUGUAAUAUUUCAGGCUGUUGGAUACUAUGCAAGUCAUAGACAAUGUACAGGCUGAUACUUAUCUUUAUGUUUCUUCAUCAUUCGUUAAUUUUUUUAAUCCCCAUGUCAUUUUGCAAGUUAAAUUAAACAACAAUUCUUCACUUGAUCCAUCUUAUAAUAAUACACUAAUAUUUUUGUUUUGUAGAAGAAAAAAAUCCCACUUUUGGUAGAUGGAAGGUGAUGAUGUCUGUAUGGAUACAUUGUUGUAUACAUCAAAUGACUAUUUUAACCUUGCACUACAAGAAACUCUGUAAGUGAUUUUUUUGUUGAUAGUAGGUGGAAGAUCUUUAUUCGAUGCAAUUUGUAGAAUUUUUGGGAAGACCAACAUCAUAGCAGAAGACUUGGUAUGGAAUUAUUUCCAUUUUUUAUAGCAAAUAAAAAGAAACAUAUAUAUAAAAAAAAGUUAAUUUUUUUGGGAAUGACAAGGAGUUGUAACAGAGGAUGUAGUCCACCUUAGAAAAUCCAUUGGUGCACCAGGGAUGGUUGUUAUUCAGUUUGGUACUGACUUUUUUUUUUUACUUAUUCACUUAUUUCCAUAAUUUAUAUUUAUAAAAAAUAUUCAUUAAUAAUUUUUUUUACAAAUAAGUUUCGAAAAUGAUUAAGCAAACCCUCCCUCAUCUGCCUCACAAUCAUGAGCAAAAUCAAGGUGUAUAUGAUGGAACUCACAAUAAUGACACGGUGAUCUUGGUUAUCUUCUCAUCGAAGACCAAAAAAGCAUUGAACGUUCCUAUAAUUAUACAUUAAAAAUGAUUUUUAACUUUUUUUUUUAUGGAUACGAGGUUGGUGGGAUGCCUUGCAGUAUUAAAAAUGCAAUGUGAGUGAGUGUUUUUAAGUUUAAACACUGCAAUCUUAUAUAAUUAUUUUCGGACAAUAAUCUUGACUUUUAUUUAUUUUUGUAUUUCCCAUGUUUAAUUAUUUGUCGAUUUAUGUGGAUGAUGAUACUUCAUGAGAUUUAAUAUUGGAUGCACUCUCUGAUCUGGUGAACUUCCCACUUCCUUUGUAUUUUUUUUAACUGAUCUUUUUUUUUUUAACUUAUGGAGUGGUUAUUUAAAACACUUAAUGAUGCUGAAUAUAUAAUUGCAGGGACAAUAAUCAUUUCAUCAUACUUUGGUUUUGAUUUAUUAUGAUAUGUCAAAAGUUGGAUAAGAUCUUAAAACACGUUUUUUUGGUGUUUUAAAAUCUUUCUGGUGUUGUAGAGGCGACAAAUUACUGCGUUGCCCUUUUCACAUGUGGAUAUGGAGCCCUGGAUGUUGGGAUAAUACUUCAUGCUGCAGAAGGUUCAUCUUGCUAACAAAUCAAGGAUGAGAUUUCUUGCUUUCGUGACAUGAUUUUUUUCUUUUCAGGGUAAAGCAUCUUUAAAAAAAAUAUAAUUAUUAUAGCAUUGUACUUUUUAACUUUCUUUUUCAAGAUGAGAUUUCUCUCUUUCGUGACAUGAUUUUUUUUUCUUUUCAAGGUGAAGCAUCUUUGAAAAAAAUAUAAUUAUUAUAGCAUUGUACUGUUUAACUUUCUUUUUCAAGAUGUU